UUUAUAUAUUUAUAUAUAUAAUAUUUUUUUUUUUUUUUUUUUUUCUUCUUUAAUUAAGAUUUAGUAUUUAAAAAAGAAAGAAAAUGGCCUCAAAUUUUUCAGCCAACGAAAUCAACGAAUUUAGAAAGAUCUUCGAACAAUUUGAUGAAAAUAAAGAUGGAUCAAUUAGUGCCAUCGAAUUAACCAAAAUGUUAACCCAAUUAGGUGAAAAAGUUACUGGUGUUCAAGUUCGUGAUAUGAUCAAAGAAGUUGAUACUGACAAUAGUGGUACUAUUUCAUUCGAUGAAUUCUUAACUGUUAUGGCUACUACCAAGAAAAACUCAACAUCAAACUCUCCAGCCUUUGCCUCAGUCGUCAAGAAAGUUGGUCAAGUUAAUACUAUCAGUGGUUACUCUGGUUCAACUGCUUCUGGUGUUACCCACUCCUAUUCUGAUGAAGAAAAAGUUGCCUACAUUGAUUGGAUCAAUAAUUGCUUAGCUAAAGAUGCUGACUUAAAAGGUAAACUUCCAAUCUCAGAAGAUGGUGAUAAAUUCUUCCAAGCAUGUCAUGAUGGUCUUUUAUUAUGUAAAUUAAUUAAUGAUGCUGUUCCAGAUACAAUUGAUGAACGUGUUUUAAAUAAGAAAAAUUUAAAUGCUUUCAGAAUUAAUGAAAAUCAAGUUUUAUGUAUUAAUUCAGCCAAAGCUAUUGGUUGUAAUGUAGUAAAUAUUGGUGCUGGUGAUCUUGCUGAAGGUAGAGCUCAUUUAAUUAUGGGUCUUACAUGGCAAAUUAUCAAAAUUGGUCUUUUUGCUCGUAUCAAUUUAACCAAUCACCCAGAAUUAUACCGUCUCUUAAAACCAGGAGAAACCAUUGAAGAUCUCUUAAAACUUCCAGUUGAAGAAAUUCUCUUACGUUGGUUCAACUAUCACUUAGAAGCCGCUGGUUCAACCCGUAGAGUUAAAAAUUUCUCAGGUGAUAUCAAGGAUUCAGAAUGUUACACUGUUCUCUUAAAACAAAUUGCUCCAAAGAAUGCUGGUGUUGAUACCCGUGCCCUUAAUGAAUCAAAUCCAGAAAAGAGAGCUGCUAUUGUAUUAGAAAAUGCUGAUAAAAUUGGUUGUAAGAAAUUCCUCAAACCAAAAGAUAUUGUUACUGGUUAUCAAAAACUCAAUUUAGCUUUCGUUGCCAAUCUUUUCAAUACCCAUCCAGCUUUAGAACCAGUUGAAGAUGUUGUUAUCAUUGAAGAAACUCGUGAAGAAAAGACUUUCCGUAACUGGAUGAAUUCUCUUGGUGUUGAUCCAUUCGUCAACAAUCUUUAUGAAGGUGUUCAUGAUGGUCUUGUCCUCAUUCAAUUAUUCGAUAAGAUUUACCCAGGUCUUGUUAAUAAAUCAAGAGUCAACUAUCCACCAUAUAAAGCUAUGGGUGCUGAAAUGAAAAAACUCGAAAACUGUAACUAUGCUAUUGAAUUAGCUAAAAACUGUAAAUAUAGUGUUGUUGGUAUCGAUGGUAAGAAUGUUUUCGAUAAAAACAAGACUCCAAUUCUUUCUGUUACUUGGCAAUUAAUGAGAGCUCAUGUUCUCUCAGUUUUAACUCAAAUCUCUGGUAGUGACAAACCAAUUGGUGAUGGUGAAAUUGUCGAAUGGACCAACCAAGCUCUCAAAGGUGCCGGUAAGAAAACCAUUUCUGGUUUCAAAGAUCAAUAUAUUGCCUCAGGUAUUCCAAUUUUAGAUUUUAUUGAAAUUAUUAGACCAGGUACUAUUGACCCAUCACUCGUUACCUCAUCUGGUUCAGAAGCCGAUAACUUAUUAAAUGCUAAACUUGCUGUUUCAUCUGCUCGUAAGGUUGGUGCUGUUGUUUUCGCUCUUCCAGAAGAUAUUGUUGAAGUUAAACCAAAAAUGGUUAUGACUAUUUUUGCUGGUCUUAUUGCUGUCCAAAGAUCCAAUUAAAAUAUUUAAUUUAUUAUAUUUAAAAAAAAACCAAAAAUAAAAUUGUUGUUACUUUUAGAUUAAAA